ACCAUCAUCCCACCCACCGCUGCACUUGCCACGCACACGCCGAAGCUGACUGAUAGCAGCACACUCACUUUCGCCGCACUCUCCUCUCCUGCCGCUUUCCUGGGCGUGGCCUUCUGCCAGCAUGGCCGACUCGAGCUCCAGCAUGGACGUGGACUCCUCCUUCCUCUCCAGCGCCGCCGCCUCGGCGCCCGCGUCGCUGGCGCCGUACUACCGGCGCUUCGGAGAGCUGCACGCCAAGAAGCUCUGGUACCAGCUCACGCUCGCCGUCGAGGAAUUCCUCGCGCACCCCGACAGCGCCGAGCCGCCGCGGCGCAUCGACGUCUUCGAGCACUUUGUCAAGGGCUUCAAGGACAAAAUCAACCAGCUGCGCCUCGUCGGCAUGGCCGUGCGCGCGGCCAGACAACUGCAGGACCCGUCAGAGGCGCGCGCCUUCCUGGAGCCGCUCAUCCCGCUCGUCGACACGCCGGCAACCCAGGAGGCCUUUGUGACGGCCAAGAUGGAGCUGGCGCACUUCCAGCUGCUGCUCGGCGAGCUCGACGCGACAAAAGAGAGCAUGUACAGCUGCGCCAAGAUCCUGGAGCGCUUCGACGCGGUUGAGCCGCUCACGCACGCGGCGUACUACCGCGUGUGCGGAGACUAUUACAAGGCCAAGGCGGACUACGCGCCGUACUACCGCUCGUCGCUCCUCUACCUCGCGUGCAUCGACAUCACGAAGGACCUGACUGCCGAGGAGCGCACCGGCCGCGCGCACGAUCUUGCCAUCAGUGCUCUGCUCGGCGACACGAUCUACAACUUCGGCGAGCUGCUGCUGCAUCCCAUCCUUGCGUCGCUGGACGGCACGCCGCACGCCUACCUCUCGACGCUGCUCAACUCCUUCAACUCGGGCUCGAUCGGCUCGUUCGAGUCGCUCAUCCCCAAUCUCUCCGCCGAGCCGAUCCUGGCCGAGAACCAGCCGUUCCUGCGGCAGAAGAUCUGCCUCAUGGCGCUCAUUGAGAGCGUGUUCCGGCGCAACGCCGACGAGCGGACACUGCCAUUUGCCACGAUUGCGCAGGAGACGCGGCUGCCCGAGGGCGAGGUGGAGCAUCUCGUCAUGAAGGCGCUGAGCCUGAAGCUCAUCAAGGGCACGCUGGACCAGCACGCGCAGCUGGCUCGCAUCACAUGGGUGCAGCCGCGCGUCCUCGACCGCACGCAGCUCAAGGCGCUGCAGGAGCGCCUCGACCAGUGGGUCGACCGGGUAGGCAAGACGGCCGAGUUCGUCAAGACGGAGACGCCCGAGCUUUUCGUCUCGGCCUAAUCGGGGCCGACCGUUGCGGCGCAAUGACACACACUCAGCCCAAGGCGGACGGUCUGUGUAGCUGUGUCUCAUUGAUCUACGUAACGGUUGGAAGCGGAAGCAGGCGAGCACGGAGUGCAGAGGGGUGCACGCUGUGCCGAUGCAAGAGCUGGGCUGCCAGCUGCUUUUGGCACAACAGAGAGGGAGAGAGUGUGAUGCCGGGCUCAUGCGACCUGCAGCGCCGCGAACGUCGUCUGCGCACUGACGAGCUCCAGUGCUUGUUGUGCCUCGAGGCGGGCGCGUGCUGCAUCGAGCCAGUCCUCGGCGAGAAUCUUGGGCCAGCCCUUGAGGCUGUUGACUUCCCGAGCCGCGGCGUCGAGCUCCUGCCGCUCGAGCCAGUAGUGGGCGCGCGCCAGCGUGCUGGGCGUGUC